AUGGGGCGGAUAAGGGGCGAGCGGAAAGGCGGGGCCCCCGAAGAGACAGACUACAGGCCGGUCAACUGGAAGCGCAUCUUCCUGACGCCAAAAUACAUCCCAUUACACAUACUCGGGAUAGCAAUCCUCGUAGCAACAAUAUUGCUCACGAUCAAGCAUGACCAGGCCGUCGAGGCACUCCGUCCCUUCUCCGAGAAGCUUCGUGAGCUUCCAGCGGGAUGGCUCAUUCCUGUAGCUAUCCUAUUCGUCAUAUCCUUCCCUCCGCUCUUUGGCCACGAGAUCGUCGCGCUGCUGUGCGGUGUCGUCUGGGGGCUAUGGAUAGGCUUCGCCAUCGUCGCAGCGGGAACAUUCCUCGGUGAGAUCGGCACCUGGUUCGCCUUCAAAUACGCCCUUCGCCGCAAAGCCGCCAAACUAGAGCGCACAAACCUCAACUACGGGGCGCUGGCACGCCUCACGCGCGACGGCGGCUUCUGGAUCGUCUUCAUCAUCCGCCUCUCGGCCAUCCCCUCGCACUUUUCCACCGCCGUCUUCUCCACCUGCGACGUCAACUUCUGGCACUUCUUCAUCGCCACCUUCUUCUCCCUCCCGAAGCAGAUCUUCCUCGUCUACCUCGGCGUGCUGCUCGUCCAGGAGAAGGAUAAUAAUACUAUUCAGACGGUUAUGUUUGGCGCUGUGUUCGUCGUUACUAUUGCGUUGGGUGUGUGGAUAUGGUUUAAGAUGCGGAAGAUAAAGACGACCUUGAUGGAGGAGCAGGCGCAGAGGAGAGAGAAGAAAAUGCAGGAGGAGGUUGCGAUGCAGGAGAAGGAGGCGGCAGAACGGCGCUUCGAGAGCUUGAAUGAGGCGCCGGAGCCUGCGUGGGGUGGAAUGCCGCAGAGUGGUCUUCCACGGCAAGAUUGGAGAGCACCGCGGCCAGACUGGGGACCACUACCAGCGACACCAGGAAGGGCCUUUUAG